AUGGACAACAACAGCAUUGGACCAAUUGCAUCCUCGCAGCACUACUUGGACUUCACAUUGCUGUUCGAAGAUGCCAUCCUCAUCGCGCUGCCCGCUGCAGUUUUCYUGUGCAUCUUUCCCCCGCGUCUCUACUGGCUUCUACAACAACCACGCAAGGUCGUUGCCGGUCGUGAUGCAGUCGACAGCAAAAAUACUGGCCAUAUCCGCUAUCGCAGCAAGCUCAUAGUUUUAUGCGUGUUUACGGCAUUGCAGGCCACGAUUCUUGCUCUGUUAAUGGCAUCUCGCCAUGUUCCCACGACUAGGGCAUCCGCAGCUGCAGCCAUAUUGUCGCUCGUUGGCGCAGUGGCUCUAUGCCUAUUAUCCUGCGUAGAGCACACCCACUCGGUGCGGCCGUCUCCCGUCAUUGAUACCUACCUCCUCCUGUCUCUCAUGGUGGACAUCAUCCGGGUCCGCACAGUAUGGAUGCGAAGAGGCUUUCCGUCCUCUCUAGCCAUUGUAUAUUCGAUUUCCAUAACUGCGAGGCUGGUCUUGUUGCUCCUCGAAGCCUGCGAGAAAAGGAGCAUUCUACUCGAUCGCUACCGGGCAUGGUCGCCCGAAACAACGAGCGGUGUCUACGGACGACGCCUGUUCUGCUGGCUAAACCCGCUACUCCAAGGCGGAUCUCGGAAAAUAUUGGGAAUGGCAGACAUGUUACCCCUUGAUGCCAGCAUGGGGACUGAUACUUCAUACCUAUCGCUGGAACAGGUGUGGGCCACGAAAAGCGAGAGCGACAAGGCCAAGCCGCACGCAUUGCUCUUCACUCUUCUCUGGCAUCUCCGAUGGUCCCUGGCCCAAGCCAUGAUUCCUCGACUAUGCGUGACUUUCUUCCAGUACAUGCAACCCUUCUUGAUUACUGCCGUCAUUGCAUAUCUGCAGAAAGGCUCCGCUUCGGACAAGUCUCCAGGCUGGGCCCUGACCGCUGCAUAUGGCAUCGACUACGUGGGUUUGGCCGUUGUCAACAGCUUUUGGAUGCACAUGGCAUAUCGGACCGUCAUCCUGGCUCGAGGUGGGCUCGUUUCCAUGAUUUACUCGCAUACGCUUGAUCUGGAGGUUAAGUCCCUUGACGACUCGGCGGCAAUCACUCUCAUGAGCGCCGACAUGGAAAGAAUUGGGGUUGCAUUCACGUAUAUUCAUGGUCUAUGGGCAAGUCCUGUCGAUAUGUUUGUUGGGCUGUACCUUCUCGAGAGACGCAUCGGAGUGGCUUGUAUAGGGCCUGCAUUACUAUCGGUGACAUUCGGGUCCAUUGUGCUUUUUGUAGCCAUGCGAUUCGCACUGCAGGCUCAAAGGGUCUGGGUCAGGUGCAUUCAAACGAGAAUUCAUGCUACAGCAAGAAUCUUGGGCGCGAUGAAAGUUGUCAAGAUGCUGGGCCUCACCACCAUGGUCACUAGGCUUCUACAAGGACUAAGGGAAGAGGAGACGAGGAUGGCACUGCGUUUCCGUCGUAUAUCAGUCAUGAGACUAUCGCUAGGAAAGGGGUCCGAGAUCCUGGCUCCUGGAAUUGCUUUCGCGGCAUACACGGCAGUCUGUGCCGCCACUGGACAAACGCUGGACGUUGCAAAGGCAUACUCUUCUUUGAACAUUGUCAGUAUAAUGACUGUUCAGCUUGGAGAGACAAUACAGAACCUGCCAACGAUCUUCUCGGCCAUUGGAUGCAUGGACAGAAUCCAGGACUUCCUCAAUCUACCAGGUAAAGAUGUCGCACAUUUCCACAAAGGGCGGCCUGCUUUUGCGGUAUCGACCGUGGACGACUUCGGAGAGACGAACAAAUUGCAUGGUGAUGUUGCGCUAAAAUCACUUCCYCGCAGGAUUGGGAAAUCAGAAGCUGCUUCAGCUCCCAUGCUGCGGGUUGAAAGCGCCAGCUUCACCUGGACGGGGGAAAGCAACAUUCUGAGCGACCUAAGCUUUUCAGUAGAACAAGGCAGUUUUGUCUCCAUCGUCGGACCGGUGGGUAGUGGCAAGUCCACCUUGCUGAAAGGAUUAAUGGGCGAGGUGAGACUCGUGAAGGGUGUCGUUCAUAAUGAUAAUCUGACAGCUGGCUUUGUUGCCCAAUCCUCCUGGCUUCAAAAUGGAACGAUACAAAGUAACAUUAUCGGGAUGUCCCCAUUCGUUCUGGACUGGUAUGCCGUGGUAAUCCAUGCGUGUUGCUUGAACGAAGAUAUUGCCCUAUUACCCAAUGGUAGCAAUACAAAAGUUGGAUCUGGAGGGAUCAAACUGUCGGGUGGACAGAAACAACGAGUUGCUCUCGCUCGUGCUGUGUACUCCAAACAUAGUCUGCUUUUGCUGGAUGACUGCUUUAGUGGCCUGGAUGCAACGACCGAAGAGCGUAUCUUCAUUCGACUUUUGGGGAARGAAGGUUUACUGCGUGAGCUUGGCUCGACUGUUCUUCUGGUGACGCAUGCGGCACACAGACUGUCGGGAGCAGACAAUAUCAUCGUGCUUGAUGACUCGGGACGUCUUGCCGAGCAAGGCUCUUUCGAUUUCCUAGCCCAACAUGGCUCUUAUCUUCCAGGGCUGACGGCUGAUCUUGAGGGCUCAGGGGCUGAGGAGGCUCCUCUUCCAUACGACCGUAUCGCUCAGGCUGKCCCAAGCAAACCCAUAGUCUUCUCGAAGRGUGAUAUGGUGGAGUAUGAUGAAGAUACUGAUGCUGCCAGAGCCUUAAAGGACCCCAAACGCUCCGCUGGUGACUGGUCCACGUACGCAAAUUAUUUCAAAUCUUGUGGAUGGGAAAACGUUGCCGGCGUGGUACUCGGACUAGCUGGGUUCGCCGUCUUUAUGAAGAUACCCGACGUGUGGAUUACGUUCUGGACCCGAGCCAUCCAGGCCAAGGGAAACAGCGUCAAUGGCUACUAUCUUGGCAUACUGCUCAUGUUUGAGUUCAUCUCUCUUUUCUGCUUGAUAUGCACUGGUUGCCUGGUAUUCCUGAGAAUGACACCAUCAGCAUCUUUACGCCAGCAUCGAAAGGUGCUCGACACCGUCAUGGCAGCACCUCUGGUCUUCUUCAGCAUCGCUGACACGGGAGAAACUCUAAAUCGCUUCAGCCAAGACAUGAACUUGAUCGAUAUCGAACUCCCGCCUGCAUCGCUAGAGUUGUUGGCGCAGGUGUUUCUUAGCACAGUUCAAGCUAUACUUGUCUGUCUCUCCGCUGGAUACUUCGCCGCAAGUAUUCCGUUUGUGUUGGUGAUAAUAUACUACUUACAAAAGUUCUAUUUACGAACAUCGCGACAGCUCCGAUUGCUCGAGAUUGAGGCCAAAUCACCACUGUUCACCAACUUUGUUGAGACACUGGAAGGCCUUGUCACCAUUCGUAUCUUUGGCUGGGAGAACAAGCUGAGGCAACACAACGCCAAUCUGCUGGAAGAAUCUCAAAAGCCCUUCUACCUACUAAACAGCGUGCAGCGAUGGUUAUCCCUUGUCUUGGACAUGACCAUCGCCGGACUUACUAUCCUUCUUUUGAUACUUUUUGUCUCCCUUCCUCCUGGAACCAUCACCCCGGGAUUGGCCGGGGUCGCAUUGGUGAACCUGAACGGAUUCAGCUCGUCUCUCACCUUGCUAAUCAAGGCAUGGACCAUGCUAGAGACCUCAAUGGGCGCGAUUGCCCGCGUGCAGUCUUUCACCACACAGACGGUAUCGGAGCACCAGUUCCACGAAACGCAGCCUUUACCAGCGGAAUGGCCUCCGCACGGUGGUAUUCAUUUCCGCAGCCUUACUGCAUCCUACCAACCAGACAAGCCUAUUCUCAGAGAUUUGGAUUUAAAAAUCCUUCCUGGCCAAAAGAUUGCCAUUUGCGGCCCCAGCGGUAGUGGCAAGAGCACCAUCAUCUCAACACUAUUUCGUUUGCUGGACAUCAGUCAUGGACAAAUCUUAAUCGAUGACACCGAUAUCACAAGUGUUAGUCGCGAGCAGCUUCGGACUCUUCUAAACGCUAUACCACAGGAAUCGUUUCUGUUCCCAGGCACCAUUCGAGAAAACCUAGAUCCGCUUGGCAGAUGCACAGAUGCAGAUCGUGUUACAGCAUUGCAAAAGGUCGGGCUUUGGUCGAUUGUCGAAAAGAAGGCUGGGCUGGACACGGUCGCCGACUCUGAACUGUUUUCCCACGGCCAAUGGCAACUUUUCGGCCUUGCCAGAGCGAUUUUGCAUCCCAGCAGAAUAGUUGUGCUAGAUGAGGUGACUGCAAGUGUUGAUCAGAACACUGAAGAGGUGAUGCAGCGGAUUAUCAGAAAGGAAUUCGCAGAUCGAACCAUCGUUGCUGUGGCGCAUCGACUAGAUACGGUCAUGGACUUUGAUAAGAUCGCAAUGAUGGUGGCAGGAAAGCUUGUGGAAUUCGCUUCACCGGAAGAAUUAAUGUCCAAGGAUACCGCAUUCAGGGCAAUGUAUGAGAGUCGGCGCUGA